AAAUCUUGUUCCCACUCCAAAUUAACCCCAUCAACUUCAUGUGGGAAAUGAAAUAAACACAUAGGUUUGAGAUUCAGACUAGAUAGUGGCAAUGGAACUGAAAGUUGAUUUCCUUUUGCAAAUCUAGUCAUUGGAACUACAUCCUCAUCCUUUGGUCAAUUACUUGGGGCUGUAAAGUCCACAAUCUCUAUUAUUCUUCUUGGCUUCUAUCAAAAGUAGGAUAAAUAAAUGAUUGAAUAACUUUGAAGAGCGUGAUGACAUUAUCUGGAUAACAUUCAGUUUUCAAGUUCUGCACACUGUUUUGUAGAUGACAAUUUGAUCUGCACCCAACUCUAUCAAUCACAAUCUGUGUCCCCCUCAAUCCCAAAAACUAGAAAUGAUUGUCGUUUCUAACUCUGGGAAUAUAGGGAUUAUCACAUUCCAAUACUACUCAUCAAAGCAGCUUCAGUUCCUUCUCCUUCUCUUCUUUCUGCUAACCAAUUCUGCAACACCAUUGACCUUCAACAUCUCUAGUUUUCCGGCCACGGAUAACACCAUAUCUCUAGAGGGCAAUGCUAACAUCGACGGCCAAGCCCUCCUGCUCACUGAAACAGAAUACAGCGCCGGCCGAGCCAGCUACCACCAAUCCUUCCUCCUCCGGGAAAACACUACCAGAAAGCUUGCCGACUUCACUACGAGUUUCACAUUCGUUAUCGACACUCUAGGCAACAACUCCUACUAUGCUGACGGCCUCGCCUUCUUCCUAGCGCCAGAGGGAUCCUUACUCAACUUCACAGUAGGAAGCGGCAUUGGCUUCCCUGUGGAUAAUCCGCAGGAGAAGCCGUCGUCGAGUCAUCAGUACCCUUUUGUGGCUGUGGAGUUCGAUAUCUUUCGGAAUUAUGAGACAUCUGUACAGGACCCGGCUGGCGAUCACGUUGGGAUUGAUGUCAACUCUGUCAAGUCUUUGAUAACCAAGCCCUGGAAUGGUAGCGUUGUGGAUGCAAUGAUCAAUAAUGCUAGUAUUAGCUAUGAUUCUGGAUCGAAAAAUCUUAGCAUUGCCUUCACUAGUUAUGUGAAUGGUAGUAAAGUGAUGAGGUAUCUUGCUUACAAGGUGGAUCUGGAACAAUACUUGCCGGAGAGAGUGAUUGUUGGGUUCUGUGCAGCAACGGGUCAGUAUUUUGCUUCUUUUAAGAUACUCUCAUGGAGUUUUAAUUCAACUUCAUUGCUCGAGCAGAAUGCAGCGAAAAACACCUCAAUAAUUCCUGCAACAAAUCCGAGUGUUAAACCAAAGUCAGGAAAUGCCAAAAUAGGUCUACAGAUUGUGUCAAGUGUUGGUGGAAGUCUAAUUUUAAUUGGUGCCUUGGCUCUGAUUUGGUUCCUCUUUAGAAAGAAGACAGAAACCGGAGAAAGUAGUGAUGAAGAUCCAAUUGUACUUGAUGACUCUGUUCAUAACGAAUUCGAGAAGGGAACAGGCCCAAGGAAGUUUUCCUACAAUGAAUUGGCCCAAGCGACGAAUAAUUUUGAAAAGGGAGAGAAGCUUGGAGAGGGAGGCUUUGGUGGUGUCUAUAGAGGCUUCAUUAAAGACUUGAACUCACAUAUUGCUGUCAAGAAGAUUGCCAGAGGCUCUAAACAAGGACUGAAGGAGUAUGCAGCAGAAAUAAGGAUCAUCAGUCGGCUUAGACAUCGAAAUCUGGUACAACUAAUAGGUUGGUGUCAUGAAAAGAGACUUCUACUUGUGUACGAGUUGAUGCCAAAUGGCAGCUUGGAUUCUCAUUUGUUCAAAGACGAAAACUUGUUAAUUUGGGAGGUAAGAUACAAAAUUGCUCAAGGUUUAGCCUCUGGUUUAUAUUAUCUACACGAAGAAUGGGAACAAUGUGUGCUGCAUAGGGAUAUCAAAUCCAGCAAUGUUAUGUUGGACUCAAAUUUCAACGCCAAACUUGGAGAUUUCGGGUUAGCUCGACUUGUGGACCACGGAAAACUGUCGCAAACCACCAUUGUGGCUGGAACUAGGGGAUACAUGGCUUUGGAGUAUGUUACAACAGGAAAGGCUAGCAAGCAAUCAGAUGUCUACAGCUUUGGAGUUGUUGCUCUAGAAAUAGCAUGUGGGAGAAAACCCAUCGAUCUGAAUUUGGAAAACAGUCAAGUUGAAAUGGUGGAGUGGGUUUGGGGACUUUAUGGUGAAGGGAAAAUCAUUGAAGCAGCUGAUCCAAAGCUCUGUGGAGAUUUUGAUGAGAAACAAAUGGAGUGUUUGAUGAUGGUUGGGUUGUGGUGUGCUCAUCCGGAUUACAAUAUGAGGCCUUCAAUGCAACAAGCAAUUCAAGUCCUUACCUAUGAAGUUGCAUGGCCUGUUCUCCCAUUAGAGAUGCCGAUGGCCACCUUUCCACAAAAUACUCGCCAAAUGUUGUCUACUAACAAUACUGGUUCGGAAGGAAGCAAAACUGAGUCCAGCUAUUAUGGUGGUUAUAGCAGCUAUUCCUCACAAUAGCUACAUCUUCUGUAACAAAUUCUCAUCCAUGAAUUUAACUUUGGUAAGAAUUGUCUUAAUCAGCUAGCUAGCAACAGUGAAUAGCAAAUUCUCAACCAUCUUCUGAUAUUUCUGGAAUUUGCUUGAUUGUAUUAUCAUCUCUUUACGAUUUCUUGGGCGUAUUAUGCAUCCAGAAGUAGAUCUAUUAACAUCUCAUUAUGUAUGGAAAAUUCCCAAAACCCACUUGGACAUCCCAUCAGUGAAGAAGCACAAUUCAUGGGUAGUAUUCAAAUGAAGAAUUAGCACUUGAUCCAAGAGUAAGUCCCAUAAACUAGUUGAGUAACGAAUACAAACCUAUACCCAUUUUGCAUCAUGCAUGAAACAGAAACAACAGCAAAAUGCGACAUGAGAUCUAUUCAUGCAUUUUUACGAACACCGAGCGUGCAUUAUACAACAGCCGUGACAGCAAGGUACCAUACUAGCAUACCAAAACACAAUACCGUAAAAUAUUUAGUUUCAAAGUUCUAUAUGUCGAUUAAUCAUAAUCAUAAUGGUUAUUAGUAUUAUUGUUCAAUAGCUUGCUCAUCAUAAUCCAAUCCUACUAUCCCAACUAAAAUAGCCAAACUUCUUCCAUGCAAUGUUAGUACGUAAUUGGGAUUUUACUUAAUUUAUAAGAAAGUAAUGAAUCCAUUCAGCAUACCUGAUGGAAAUGUAAACAAGUUUCAAUCCCACAGUUAAUCUUCCUUUUGUGGCCGGAAAUUCCACUUCUUUAACCACGGCGAGUUGACCACGUACCGUGGACAUCUUGGACCUCUUUGGCGAGUUAACGCAAAGCAACCAGAUUUUUGGGUUUUGGAUCUUCGCAUGGAUUUGAAAAAUCCGGAUAUGUUAUAUGGCACACCUAGGAUUUCCAAUUUUCAAUUUUCUGUUGUAGACAUGGUUAGUAAUAAGGGAAUUCUAUUCAUAUCUCUUAAAUUUAUGGGUGCGUCUGGGCUACGCCGGGCGUAGCAUACGCCGAAGUGGGGCCGCCUUGCUGGCGUAUUCCUCUCCACACAAUGUAAGAUGAGAAGGGCACAGUAGUAAUUAGCCACUUCACUGCCAUUAUCAGUUCAAAACCAAACCGUUACGGUAAAAUCCGAAGGGCUUUCAUGACAAAUCCCACAUGCCAACUUGAAUCAUAUGAAUGAAUUGUCGCCGAACCCAAAAAGUCAAUUCUUUAUACUCAGAUCAAACCUCUCAUCUUCUCUGAAAACCCCAUCUUCAUCAUCCACCACAAUCUCAAAAACCCACCUUUCAAAUUCAACUAUUGAUCAACCUCAAGCCCCAAAAUGCCCAUCACUUGAAGUACCCUUCAUUCCCACAUGCACAAAAACCCCACCUUCCUUAGCCAACGCCCUCAUCCACUACGCCACCACAAACAUUACCCCACAGCAAACCUUCAAAGAUAUAUCAGUAUCAGCAAGGAUCCUAGCAAAGAGGACGCCCUGCAACUUCCUCGUCUUCGGCUUAGGCCUGGAUAGCCUCAUGUGGGCGACUCUCAACUACGGUGGCUCCACCGUUUUCCUAGAAGGAAGAGUGAGAUUGGAAGGAAGUGUUCCUGCGACGACGAGCUUCAUUGAUGAAAUUGAGCGGCGCAGCGGGAGACCCAGCAUGAAUCAUAUGAGUGAAGUGAAGACUACGGUUUUCAGAUUCUGCUGGUAUGCAUGUAAAGGGUCCUGAGUUAGUGUCUAAGUUUUUCAAAUGGUCAAUUUUGGUAUGAAAUGAACGAACACAGAAAAGCCAAACCGCCACUGUGAGCAAUGGUCUCGGCGGUGGCUGUAAUCAACUAAAAUGGCAACUUUUCCAAAAUUAAUCGAAAUCAAAAACCACGUAUAAAAACGUGUACAGCAUGAAAAGUAGACCAAGUUCCAUUCUUCAUGCAUUGCAAA